AUGUUUCUGACGCGGUCCGAGUACGACCGUGGCGUGAACACGUUCUCGCCUGAAGGGCGCCUGUUCCAGGUAGAGUAUGCACUGGAGGCUAUCAAGCUGGGGUCGACCACGGUCGGCAUCGCGACGAAAGAAGGUGUCGUGCUCGGCGUGGAGAAGCGCGUCCAGUCGCCGCUCCUCGAGACCAGCUCGAUUGAGAAGAUCAUGGAGAUCGAUACCCACGUCGGCGCUGCGAUGAGUGGGCUUACUGCGGAUGCGCGUACCAUGAUCGACCACGCGCGUGUCACGAGCCAGAACCACAACUUUGUCUACGACGAAGAGAUCCGAGUCGAGAGUGUCGCACAGGCCGUGUGUGACCUCGCGCUGCGCUUCGGUGAGAAUACGGAGGGCGACGAGGCAAUGAUGAGCCGGCCGUUUGGCGUGGCGCUCCUCAUUGUCGGCAUCGACGAAAACGGGCCGCAGCUCUUCCACGCGGACCCGUCGGGGACCUUUGUCCGCUACGAGGCCAAGGCCAUCGGCUCGGGCUCCGAGGGUGCACAGGGCGAGCUCCAGGAAAAGUACUCAAAGGACAUGUCGCUGCACGACGCGUCGCUCCUCACCCUCCGCGUCCUGAAGCAGGUCAUGGAGGAGAAACUCGACGAGCACAACGUGCAGCUCGCAACCGUCACACCGCGCACCGCCAAGGACGGGCGCAUGUCGGGCAAGUUUGAAAUCCUCGACGAGGCACGGCUCAAGCAGCUCGUCGAGGCCAUGUAG